AUGCUGGGGUGGUUCCCCAUCUCCGCUCCGCCAUCUACUGAUGGCCUCUGUUUCCCUGAAGCUCUUCGUCCACUCUGUCCGUCAGGUUCAGAACGCGGCCUUUGUCUACGUCUUCUUCUUUUGCACCUGUACCUUGUCAACAACACAGUAAGCCAACUGGUUGUGUUCCUUGUAGAUCCAUCAGCGUGUCCUUGGUCUGUAUCAAAAACGACGCCCGUCGCAUUCAUCAAUAUCCAAGCAGCUGUACAGUUGACUUCAGUGACAGCGAAACCAGCCCAGCAGUGCUACACUCCCAUCGACCAACCUAGCUGCUAUCUUUUGCCUUUGCUCCACGCACAGAUCCCAUGUUUCAUUGCCAGCAUUCCACAUACACAAUCACUUUUCCUUUUUUCACUUGCUAGCUAUGCACGGCAGCCAACCAUCAGCAGCUUGAGUUGCCAUCUUGGUGUGUGUUCAGCUACAACAGUUGCAUCGCUAGCAGGCUGGCUGUUACAUGCAGUUCCUAUAGUCAAGUUUCCAAUCGCUUGGCUCUUGUGUAUUCCGGCGCAAACAACAGUGCAGCAGCGCAGUAUUCUGUGUCUGCUGCUUGACUAUGUUCGCUUCGACACCAAGACAAGGUCUUGGACCGAAAAGACAAUGACGAAGCGAUACUCCCUCGACAUAACCAACUUCGCCGCUUCACUUCUCUCCGGUGAUCUUGAUGUGCAACCAUUUGCUUCUUCCCGGAUAGGAUCGCGAAGUGGUGUGGUGAGAUACGACGAGUUCUCCGGAUGUUCCUCGGCAAGCUUUAACAGGUAUGAAGAUCGGUACAAUGAAGAACGACGCUAGCAAGGUUACCCUUCCGGCUUGGCCUGGGCAGGGUUAUGGACGCCAUCGUUUAUCUUCAGGACUCUUAGUCCAAUUUGUAUCUUGUCCGUACUCGGAUGUAUUUGAUCUUCUGUAUGAUUUGGAUCUUUGUAUGUAUCUAUUUGUAUCUUGACUCGUUCGAGUCGUUGUUGUAAUAUAUAUGUUCUUGUGGGCUCUAUUGUAA